AUGGCGGAAAAUAUAAUAAUUUCCCCCAAUUUCAGUCUUUCCCUUUUCCUCGCACUUUUCCUCUCCGCAGCCCACCUCUUCCUUCCCCUCCUCGGCUCGCCGGACCCGGUGCCGGCCCCAUGGCCGCCCCAAUUCCACUCGAUCCUCAUCAUAAACAGCACCAAGGGUGCCCUGCAAGUGACGGACCUCUGGUACGACUACCCCAACGGCCGAAACUUCAACAUAAUCCAAAAGCAGCUCGGCGAAAAGCUCUACGAUUUGGAAUGGGACAACGGCACCUCCUAUUACUACACGCUGGACGAUAACAGGGAGUGCACGGUCAGGCAUUUUCCGGUGGGGAUUUUGAGGCCCAAUUGGCUCGAGGGGGCGAAUUACUUGGGUCGGGUGCGUAAAGAUGAGUUCUUGUGCGAUGUGUGGGAGAAGGUCGAUUUCAUUACGUACUAUGAGGAUGUUGCCACCAAGAGACCUGUUUUCUGGGCUUUCUUCUCUGGUUUGACGACACAUGUGAUGACAUUCGAGGUAGGAAAAGUGCUCGAAGAUCCCAAUUGGCAAGCCCCUACCUACUGUUUUCUGGAGGGAGAGCGAGCAAAUCCACCGAUUCUUGAAUUGGCAUCUGGUUUUUCAAUGAGAGAUGUGCAAAGUACUGCUAAAACAAUGCUCUUGGAGAUCGAAACCAAUGCCCUCCCCGCCACAUCAGCCGAUCGUAGUAGCCCAAAGACCACCACCAACGGAAGAAACCAAAUCGAGGAGCCCGAAGCCCCAGCCUCAAGACGACAGCCGCGUGCAGCACCCAACCCAAACCCUGGGCUCCACCCCGAACCGACAUCCAUCUCCAUUGCCAUGGCAUCUAGACAGAAGGAUGAAAUCCACUCGGUGUCAGUGACUGUGAGCUGGUCGGAGACGCAGCCUAACCAAAGACGUCUUGGGUACGGCUAG